CUGGCCUUGACAGGGAUGACCUUUUGGAUCCAACCCUGCAAAACCAGCAGUGCGAACCUCCACAGUCCACAGUUUCCCGCAGGCUCCUGGAGAGCCCUUUCCCCGUCCUCUGAUUAUCCCCCCAUCGAGACGGGAAUCACACCCAGGCAUCGACCAACCUGGAAGCCCACACACAACCUGCACCGCCCCAGGUUGUCGCCAUACCGCUCGUGCAAUCGACGACAUCAUUCUCAACCCCAGGACGACGCAGGCGCAAAGCAAAUGACCGCCACCUUUUGAAUCCCGCCCGCCGACACCUCCGCCUCAUCUGCCACCGCCCGAAAUGGCCGUCGCUCGGCCCGUGAGGGCCCUGGGCCUCGCCGCCCUCGUCAUGUGGUUCUUCUUCCUCUACCAGAUCUUCAAGCCCUCGUCCAUAUCGUCCGACGAGUUCUUCAACUUCGCCAAGGACCCUAUGCACGAUCCCAGCGGCGAACCCGAAGGCGUCCUGCGGCGUGCCGGGAACGGAUACGCCCCCAACACCCACCCCUCUGAGCGCAUCAAUGCGACGCUCCUGGCCCUGGUAAGAAACGAGGAGCUGGAGGGCAUGCUCCAGGCCAUGGGCGAUCUGGAGCGCACAUGGAACCACAAGUUCAACUACCCCUGGACUUUCUUCAACGACGUCGACUUCUCGGACGAGUUCAAGAAGAAGACGCAGGCGGCGACCAAGGCCGAGUGCAGAUACGAGCGCAUUCCAAAGGAGCAUUGGGAAAUGCCCUCCUGGAUCAACGAGGAGCUGUACAAGGAAUCGACCAGGAUUCUCAAGGAGAACGGGAUCCAGUAUGCCGACCAAAUCUCGUACCACCAGAUGUGCCGGUGGAACAGUGGGCUCUUCUACAAGCACCCGGCCCUCAAGGAUACGCAGUACUACUGGCGCGUGGAGCCCAAGGUGCACUUCUUCUGUGACGUCGACUACGAUGUGUUCCGCUUCAUGCAGGACAACAACAAGACGUACGGCUUCACCAUCAACCUCUACGACGCGCCCGAGUCUAUCCCGACGCUGUGGCCCGAGACCCUCAAGUUCCUAGCCGAGAACCCCACCUACAAGCACCCCAACAACGCUAUGGACUGGUUGACCGACAGCAAGCACCGCCCCGAGCACACCCAGAAGGCCAACGGCUACUCGACCUGCCACUUCUGGAGCAACUUUGAGAUUGGCGACCUGAACUUCUGGCGUAGCAAGGUGUACGAGGACUACUUUAACCACCUUGACCGCGCUGGCGGCUUUUUCUACGAGCGCUGGGGUGAUGCGCCCGUCCACAGCAUCGCCCUCGGUCUCUUUGAGGAUGCCAGCAAGAUUCACUGGUUCCGCGAUAUCGGGUACCAGCACAUCCCCUUCUUCAACUGCCCCAACUCUCCCAAGUGCAAGGGCUGCGUCACCGGGCGCUUCACCGACGGCGAGAAGUGGCUGCACAAGGAAGACUGCCGACCGAACUGGUUCAAAAUGCAUGGCAUGAACUAAGAGUGGUCCGGCACAAACGCCGCCUUCUGUGCUCGCAUGCGACUCGCUUCGACCUGAUGGUCUCCCAGCCGAGCACUUAUUAUCUCGGCGCGUAUGCCACGGGCCGGCCCCAGCAGAGGCGACGAAAUGUCCAUGUACGGGUUUGGUUUCCUAACGAGAGCGUGGGCCCCUGUGUGGAUAAUGAGGGAAAAUGCACAUUACAUAGAUAUUGGGAUGAUCCGAGCUUUUGGCUUUUGUGGUUUUUCUUGUCAUCCUUUUCGGUGUAAGGCGCUUCACGGGGAUUCGUUGGUUGGCUUGACGAUAUGAGGGGGUUAUGAUAUAAAUUGUAGAGUAAUAUGGAGCAAGCCGGUCGAGCAGCCGUCGAGGCCUGGUCGACGUUGCUGCUGCGGGAUGAAUGGGAGAGACUGCAUUGCAUCGAG